UUUACGAGAUUUGCAGAUUAUUACAUUCUGUUUUUGGGGUUGUAUUUUAAGUGCUUUAGAGGCGUGUCCUCAGCUUCUUUUUAGUUGUUAGUGAAGCUGCAGAGUGCGUGGAGCUGGACAUUCCUCCAGUAGCUGAUUGUUGGCAGGGCUCAGUGGACAAGACGUGCUGGAGCCCUGGGUGAGGGAGCUCAGAUAGAAGAGAGUUAGCCUGUUACUGUUGAGGCGCCAGUUUUGACCUUAAUGUGGCCAGUCACAGGAAGCCAGUAAAGUGAAAUGUAGGCAGAUAGUUUCACACGUGGUGGUGUGCUAAGACUUAAAAUGCAUCAUUACCUUAUUUGCUGUCCCACAAAAGUACAUGACCUCAUUGAAUGUCUUUUUAAUCAUGUAUGCUGUCAAACUUCACUUUUACCAAAUGAAACACAUUUUGGACUUCAGACUGAGAACAGUGGCUGGUAGGAGUAUUUAUUAUUUUCUCUGAUGUUAAGACGUAAUGCAACAUGUAAUACAAUUGUAUUGUCAGGAUUUUAACUGGAUUUGAUUCAACGUCAUUUCACUUAAACUGGAUUUACUGACGUAGGUUCAGUAACCUACAUCCUUAACAAAAUAGGAAAUUGGAGGGGGAGGGCUGGAGUCACAUUAUGCAUCCCAUCUAACAGUUUGUUGACUUCUGUUUGCACAAACAAUUGAACCACCAAUCACAGCAUUCUGUACCAUUUUUAGCGAUGCCCACUAUGCGUUUGGGCAAUAGACAAAUAUACAAACGACAACAUUUUGCAAGAAAUACACACUGACUGGAUGAAAAAGAGUUAAUCUCUAGAGACGCCGAGAAUAAACCAUCUGUCCAGCGUGGGACUAAGCAGGACUUCCCAUGACCCUGCAACCCAACACACACGCGCACUCCCUCCUCCCCACACACACUUAUGCACACACACACACACACACACACACACAGAGAGAGAGAGAGAACAGAUCAGAUAGUACCAUCUGAGACCCAGCUGAUACAACCAUCGGGUAGCCUUGUCCUCGUCUUCAUGGGCACUUUCAGGCGAGCGUUGUUGGAUAUUAUUUAUUCCCUGCUUGAAUUCUGACUGGAGCGUAUGCAGAUCAUUCCUUCCCACACGAUUCAGCAAGGAAAUACUAAGCAUGCGCAUGACACGAAACAAACUGUUGUAGAACUGCAGAACUACCCUGAGAAUGUGUGACCCCACCAUCUCUCCAUCCCAGAUGCCUGAGGUCCCGCGCCUUCCCGAUCCCUCCAAUGAGGAGACAGAGAAAGAGGAAGAGAAACCAGAGGAAGAGAAACCAGAAGAGGAGAAACCAGAGGCGGGGCUACACUUCCGCUCAGCCCCUGGAGCAGGCCUCGUAUUGGCUGGAAUACUGGUGCUGGUGGGAGUGGGUGUGGCCACUGCUGGGUACUGGCCUCCCCGCACCCCGCGCCAAUCACCACUCAGGCCCCGGGAACGGCUCAAGCUGAUUGGACCGAUCAUCUUGGCCGUGGGGCUCUUCAUUUUGAUCUGCGCCAGCACUCUCUUGUAUGAGAACCGUGACCGCCAGCGGCAGGACCACGGCGGGAAAAAGAAGCGGAAGAAAAGACGCGGCGGCAAGAGGAAGCCUCCCAGCGACGGCGCCGAGGCCCAGAGGGAGCAGGUGUCAGUCGGCCUCCCCCCAGACGUGGCCACGCACACCCUUACUGACUCCGAACUAAAUAUCCACUGCGUGACGGAGACGUCUGUGGCACAGAUGAAUGGGAGACAGGACUCUCCGGACCCCUCACCUGGGCCCUCCCACUUGAACUUAACGUGUGAGAGGCCCCUCCCACCUCUGACCCCACCAAUCAUAAAGCUGAAUAACCGCAUCAUUGACCCUUAUGCCCUAGAGCCCCCACCCCUUCCUCAGCGCACCUAUAAACUCAAGAAAGGAGGGGCUGAGUCUGGUGCUGAGGACCAAUAAGAGCAGCUGUGUGUAUGUGUCUGUGUGUUUUAAGUGUGUGUGUAUGUUUAUGUAGUUUGUAAAGUAAAAUAAAUUGAAUUUUAAAUAAGAACUGUCAUUGGUAUCUAAUUUGUAAUCAACUGUUUUUUGUUAAUCUUUUGAUAGGAACAUCUCUAUCUCUGAUUGUUUAAACUUUAGAAUAUAAAAGGGGUAAAGAUCGCUUCUCUGUCACUCAAACAACAAGACCAAUACCACAAUGUUACCAAUCCCUGCCACUAAUUCUCACAUUCCCUGAAAAUAACUUCUC